CUGGGAUAUUCAGAGAGCCAUUGUAAUUUUUGUGACGUCACGUUUUCAUAUGCCCUAAGACUGAAUUCUGUAUUGUGUGUGGAAUUCAGGCCUGCCUGGAUUCGACAUAGACAACAUGGGUGCCCAACAAUCCAGACCUGAGGGAGUUAUUUUCUACAAUGAAAACGUUCCAUUGCAGUUUUCGCAAAAUUUGGUAGAUUCAUUGGAAUCUCGCGCAAAGCGAUCCAAGCCCGUUGGCAACAGCGGAAAAGCACCUCUUCCACAUGAAGUCGAAGGAGUUGUUCGUGAACGUGUUGCUGAGGAGCUGAACCGUAUUAAGGAACAGCAAGAAGAAGCCAACAACCGUAUCACUGCACAACUUUCAAAGCAGAAUUUGGAAAGCAAGCACAAUGCCGUAGCCAUUGGCGCCGAUAUUGAAGAUAUGAUCAAGCGUGUUCAAAGAUCAACUUCAAGCAAGUUGCCUGCCGAAAUCAAGGAAAGUCAACAAGCUGUUAUUGAAUGCUACAGACACAACAAGAGCCGACCUUUGGAUUGCUGGGCCGAAGUUGAAAACUUUAAGGAUGCAGUUGCGCAGGCACAAAAGGAAUUUUGUAUUAACAGUGCUUAAACCAGUGUAUAGAGGAUAGAUCUUGAUGUUAAAAAAAUAUUUGCUGUGAAUUCAAUAUUACUUCGUUUUUUUUCUUACAAUGCGUCGUGUUGUGUUCAAAAAAAGGUAAAUGUAGACGAAUCGGUCUAUUCUAUGGCUAUAGUAGUUGAGACAAUCCGUGGAUGCCUAUAUGGCUUCAUGAAGCCGUACUUUGCAAUUGACGGGAACGACGC